AUGGGUCCCAAUGUGAAGGACAAUCCAAUGCCAAGUCAUGGUCCUUCAUCAGUGAACAAUAUAGAAGUUUGUCUCAAUGAACAACGUGUUACGAAGAUAGAGGAGAUUCGGCGGUCUGUGGUUGAAAUUCAUUCUGUUUUAUGUGCUCAUGGUCUAUUCCAACAUGACCACCAGAUCUGUGGUACAUGUUCAGUCAAUUCAAGAGGUUGUAGGAAGAUUCAAGAUGAUUUGCAAGGCGUCCUUGAUCAGGGUUUGAUUCAGAUUUCUAGACAAGUGAGUUCUCCAGAAUCACAAGAACAAGAGGUGAAUGUCAUCAUUCCUUGCUUCAACAUUCUAGAGAAAGUAGAGAUAGCUUAUCAUCCGAGGGAGCCAGUGGUGAUUUGCCCUCCGGGCCCAAUGCCUUACACUUCAGAUAAAGCGGUCCCCUACCGCUAUGCAGCAACUAUUAUUGAGAACGGUAAAGAGGUCGAGAUUAAAACCUUAGCCUCAGUUACCAAUAUCACAGCAAAUAGCCGAAUGACGCGCAGUGGCCGCGUGUUCGCUCCGCCGGUUAUCCCAAGUAGAAAUGUUGAGAAAGAUCCAGUAGUCGUGGUACCAGUGACAAGAGAAGCAGAAGGGCAAACAAGCAAUUCAACCCUUGACAAAGAAACAGAUGAACUACUCAGAAUUAUCAAGCUCACUGUCCACAGAGAAGCACUACUGAAGGUGCUUGAUCAAGCCUUUGUAGAACAGGAUAUAACAGCAGAGCAGUUCAACAAUGUUGUAGGCAGCAUCACUUCGUGCAAUGGCUUAGGCUUUUGUGAUGAAGAACUGCCAGAAGAAGGAAAGAAUCACAACUUCGCUCUCCAUAUCUCAGCCAAUUGUCAAGGGGAUUCUUUGUCUAAUAUCCUAAUUGACACCGGUUCAUCUCUGAAUGUCAUGCCCAAGUCUACCUUGUUGAAGCUAAAGUACAAAGGGGGGCAAAUGCGGUACAAUGGAAUUAUUGUGAAAGCGUUCGAUGGAUCAAGAAAAACAAUCAUUGGAGAAGUUUAUUUGCCUAUUGGUAUUGGACCACACGUAUUCCAGAUCACUUUCCAGGUUAUGGACAUAGUGCUAGCUUAUAGCUGUCUGCUCGGACGCCCAUGGAUUCAUGAGGCGGGUGCCAUUACAUCCACGUUACACCAAAAGUUAAAGUUUGUCAAGAAUGGGCAAAUAGUAACGGUUAAUGGGGAGCAGGCUAUGCUGAUUAGCCACCUUUCAUCGUUUAGUGUGAUAGAAGUAGACGAGACGGCUGUUCAAACUCCAUUUCAGGCCCUGACCAUCGAUGAUUACAAGAAAAGUGAAGGUUCAAUCGCGUCAUUCAAAGACGCCCAGCAGAUUGUCAAGACAGGUCCUACAGAAAUGUGGGGCAAGGUGAUAGAGUUGCCAGAAAAUGUUAACCAUGCAGGAUUAGGCUUUGUUGAUGGAAAACAAGUGCAGACUUCAGUGGUGCGACCUUUCAAAGAUAUCUUUCACAGCGGUGGGUUUAUCAACAUGGUAGCAGUUGAGGAGGAUACUUUUGAGGGAAAGACAGAAGACGAAGGCCCCAGAUUUGUGACACCAGGAGUAAAAGGUAGGAUAUUGGGAAUCUUUCAUCUUUUCCAAAAUCAAGAACUAGGAGAAAAGAUAAGAAAUGAGAAAGAAGGAAUGGAGAAGACAUAG